AUGUGUCUAUUUGCGUCAUGUGGUUUCUCUAGACUAGUUGCGUCAUGUGGUUUCUCUAGUCUAGUUGCGUCAUGUGGUUUCUCUAGACUAGUUGCGUCAUGUGGUUUCUCUAGUCUAGUUGCGUCAUGUGGUUUCUCUAGUCUAGUUGCGUCAUGUGGUUUCUCUAGUCUAUAUGCGUCAUGUGGUUUCUCUAGACUAGUUGCGUCAUGUGGUUUCUCUAGUCUAUUUGCGUCAUGUGGUUUCUCUAGACUAGUUGCGUCAUGUGGUUUCUCUAGUCUAUUUGCGUCAUGUGGUUUCUCUAGACUAGUUGCGUCAUGUGGUUUCUCUAGUCUAUUUGCGUCAUGUGGUUUCUCUAGACUAGUUGCGUCAUGUGGUUUCUCUAGUCUAUUUGCGUCAUGUGGUUUCUUUAGUCUAGUUGCGUCAUGUGGUUUCUCUAGUCUAGUUGCGUCAUGUGGUUUCUCUAGUCUAGUUGCGUCAUGUGGUUUCUCUAGUCUUGUUGCGUCAUGUGGUUUCUCUAGUCUAGUUGCGUCAUGUGGUUUCUCUAGACUAGUUGCGUCAUGUGGUUUCUCUAGUCUAGUUGCGUCAUGUGGUUUCUCUAGUCUAGUUGCGUCAUGUGGUUUCUCUAGUCUAUAUGCGUCAUGUGGUUUCUCUAGACUAGUUGCGUCAUGUGGUUUCUCUAGUCUAGUUGCAUCAUGUGGUUUCUCUAGUCUAGUUGCGUCAUGUGGUUUCUCUAGUCUAGUUGCGUCAUGUGGUUUCUCUAGACUAGUUGCGUCAUGUGGUUUCUCUAGUCUAUUUGCGUCAUGUGGUUUCUCUAGACUAGUUGCGUCAUGUGGUUUCUCUAGUCUAGUUGCGUCAUGUGGUUUCUCUAGUCUAUUUGCGUCAUGUGGUUUCUCUAGUCUAGUUGCGUCAUGUGGUUUCAGACCCAGGAUUAGUGUCUGGAGGUUAUUUCACCUACCAGCCAGAGGAGUCAGGACUUCCCCCCCAGUCAGGUGAGCCUGUUGGUUGGAGGCAGCGCCUGGUGGUAUGGCACAGAGCUGUGUGUGUGUGUGUGUGUGUGUGUGUGUGUGUGUGUGUGUGUGUGUGUGUGUGUGUGUGUGUGUGUGUGUGUGUGUGUGUGUGUGUGUGUGUGUGUGUGUGUGUGUGUGUGUUGAUACUGCAUGUACGCACGCGCAUGUAGAUUUGGUGUCCUCCCCCCUCUACAUGUGGGGGCGUCAAGGUUCAUGGAGGAUUUGUUUUCAUUUCUCAGUCAGCCUACAGGAAGCCUUCUAAACUGUUGAUCAUUUAUCGUGUUCUCUCUCUCACACACACACACACACACACACACACACACACACACACACACACACACACACACACACUGUUAAGACAACACUCUCUGGUUCUAUAAUCACUCAUUGUUUACUACGUAGUGGAAACCACCCACCCAGAGUAUUUGGUUGUUGUCACGGUGAUGGUGAGACUUUAAAUGGUAAUAGUCUGUCUGGCUGCUUUGUCUGGGUAACCUGAGACCUUGAUGGAACCAGGUUACCUGAUUGGCUGCUUUGUCUGGGUAACCUGAGACCUUGAUGGAACCAGGUUACCUGAUUGGCUGCUUUGUCUGGGUAACCUGAGACCUUGAUGGAACCAGGUUACCUGAUUGGCUGCUUUGUCUGGGUAACCUGAGACCUUAAUGGAACCAGGUUACCUGAUCGGCUGCUUUGUCUGGGGAACCUGAGACCUUGAUGGAACCAGGUUACCUGAUUGGCUGCUUUGUCUGGGUAACCUGAGACCUUGAUGGAACCAGGUUACCUGAUUGGCUGCUUUGUCUGGGUAACCUGAGACCUUAAUGGAACCAGGUUACCUGAUCGGCUGCUUUGUCUGGGUAACCUGAGACCUUAAUGGAACCAGGUUACCUGAUCGGCUGCUUUGUCUGGGUAACCUGAGACCUUGAGGGAACCAGGUUACCUGAUCGGCUGCUUUGUCUGGGUAACCUGAGACCUUGAGGGAACCAGGUUACCUGAUCGGCUGCUUUGUCUGGGUAACCUGAGACCUUGAGGGAACCAGGUUACCUGAUCGGCUGCUUUGUCUGGGUAACCUGAGACCUUGAUGGAACCAGGUUACCUGAUAGCUGGGCUUAGCUGGGCUGUGUCAUGUAGCUAGUCACUCAUUUCAAUGUGUCCCAGUAAAUCACUGUAGCUCCAAAUCUUAAAUCAUCUUGUUGUAUCAUAUCAAAUAAACAGAUGUUUAACUGUCCAUUGUUGGGUUGUGUGGCAGUAGAUGUGUGUGUGUGUGUGUGUGUGUGUGUGUUAUCAAUCCCCAAUGUGUCCAAGGCCUUUCUGUAAGCAGAGAGACUGCCUCUACAACCUAUGAAGCUAGUGGUUCUCUGUGUGUAGGUAAUAAUAUGGAGCUAGAGGUUCUCAUGUGUAGGUUCUAAUAUGGAGCUAGAGGUUCUCUGUGUGUAGGUUCUAAUAUGGAGCUAGUGGUUCUCAUGUGUAGGUUCUAAUAUGGAGCUAGAGGUUCUCAUGUGUAGGUUCUAAUAUGGAGCUAGAGGUUCUCAUGUGUAGGUUCUAAUAUGGAGCUAGAGGUUCUCUGUGUGUAGGUUCUAAUAUGGAGCUAGUGGUUCUCUAUGUGUAGGUUCUAAUAUGGAGCUAGUGGUUCUCUGUGUGUAGGUAAUAAUAUGGAGCUAGAGGUUCUCAUGUGUAGGUUCUAAUAUGGAGCUAGAGGUUCUCUGUGUGUAGAUUUUAAUAUGGAGCUAGUGGUUCUCUGUGUGUAGGUUCUAAUAUGGAGCUAGAGGUUCUCUGUGUGUAGAUUCUAAUAUGGAGCUAGAGGUUCUCUGUGUGUAGAUUCUAAUAUGGAGCUAGAGGUUCUCAUGUGUGGGUUCUAAUAUGGAGCUAGAGGUUCUCUGUGUGUAGAUUCUAAUAUGGAGCUAGAGGUUCUCAUGUGUAGGUUCAAAUAUGGAGCUAAAGGUUCUCUGUGUGUAGAUUCUAAUAUGGAGCCAGAGGUUCUCUGUGUGUAGGUUCUAAUAUGGAGCUAGAUGUUCUGUGUGUGUAGGUUCUAAUAUGGAGCUAGUGGUUCUGUCUGUAGGUUCUAAUAUGGAGCAAGAGGUUCUCUGUGUGUAGGUUCUAAUAUGGAGCUAGAGGUUCUCUGUGUGUAGGUUCUGAUAUGGAGCUAGAGGUUCUCUGUGUGUAGGUUCUAAUAUGGAGCUAUAGGUUCUCUGUGUGUAGAUUCUAAUAUGGAGCUAGAGGUUCUCCAUGUGUAGGUUCUAAUAUGGAGCUAGUGGUUCUCUGUGUGUAGGUUCUAAUAUGGAGCUAGAGGUUCUCCAUGUGUAGGUUCUAUAUGGAGCUAGACGUUCUCCAUGUGUAGGUUCUAAUAUGGAGCUAGAGGUUCUCUGUGUGUAGGUUCUAAUAUGGAGCUAGUGGUUCUCUGUGUGUAGGUUCUAAUAUGGAGCUAGAGGUUCUCUGUGUGUAGGUUCUAAUAUGGAGCUAGUGGUUCUCUGUGUGUAGGUUCUAAUAUGGAGCUAGUGGUUCUCUGUGUGUAGGUUCUAAUAUGGAGCUAGUGGUUCUCUGUGUGUAGGUUCUAAUAUGGAGCUAGAGGUUCUCUGUGUGUAGGUUCUAAUAUGGAGCUAGAGGUUCUCCAUGUGUAGGUUCUAAUAUGGAGCUAGUGUUUCUCUGUGUGUAGGUUCUAAUAUGGAGCUAGUGGUUCUCUGUGUGUAGGUUCUAAUAUGGAGCUAGAGGUUCUCUGUGUGUAGGUUCUAAUAUGGAGCUAGAGGUUCUCCAUGUGUAGGUUCUAAUAUGGAGCUAGUGUUUCUCUGUGUGUAGGUUCUAAUAUGGAGCUAGUGGUUCUCCAUGUGUAGGUUCUAAUAUGGAGCUAGUGGUUCUCUGUGUGUAGGUUCUAAUAUGGAGCUAGAGGUUCUCCAUGUGUAGGUUCUAAUAUGGAGCUAGUGGUUCUCUGUGUGUAGGUUCUAAUAUGGAGCUAGAGGUUCUCCAUGUGUAGGUUCUAAUAUGGAGCUAGUGGUUCUCUGUGUGUAGGUUCUAAUAUGGAGCUAGUGGUUCUCUAUGUGUAGGUUCUAAUAUGGAGCUAGAGGUUCUCUGUGUGUAGGUUCUAAUAUGGAGCUAGUGGUUCUCUGUGUGUAGGUUCUAAUAUGGAGCUAGUGGUUCUCUGUGUGUAGGUUCUAAUAUGGAGCUAGUGGUUCUCUGUGUGUAGGUUCUAAUAUGGAGCUAGAGGUUCUCUGUGUGUAGGUUCUAAUAUGGAGCUAGAGGUUCUCCAUGUGUAGGUUCUAAUAUGGAGCUAGUGUUUCUCUGUGUGUAGGUUCUAAUAUGGAGCUAGUGGUUCUCCAUGUGUAGGUUCUAAUAUGGAGCUAGUGGUUCUCUGUGUGUAGGUUCUAAUAUGGAGCUAGAGGUUCUCCAUGUGUAGGUUCUAAUAUGGAGCUAGUGGUUCUCUGUGUGUAGGUUCUAAUAUGGAGCUAGAGGUUCUCCAUGUGUAGGUUCUAAUAUGGAGCUAGUGGUUCUCUGUGUGUAGGUUCUAAUAUGGAGCUAGUGGUUCUCUGUGUGUAGGUUCUAAUAUGGAGCUAGUGGUUCUCUGUGUGUAGGUUCUAAUAUGGAGCUAGUGGUUCUCUGUGUGUAGGUUCUAAUAUGGAGCUAGUGGUUCUCUGUGUGUAGGUUCUAAUAUGGAGCUAGUGGUUCUCUGUACGUCUGCCUCAGAGAGCUGAAGGAAGACACAAUGUCCGUCUUGGCAGAUUAUUUUUUGUUUUAUGAAAGAUUGAGUAGGCAGAUAUAGAGGCCUGGAGCCUCCCAAUCGAAUUAGUCUGGUGUGACACACACACACACACACACACACACACACACACACACACACACACACACACACACACACACACACACACACACACACACACACACACACACACACACGGCUGCUUGUACAAACACACACACACACACACACACACACACACACACACACACACACACACACACACACACACACACACACACACACACACACACACACACACACGGCUGCUGGUACAAACACACACACACACACACACACACACACACACACACACACACACACACACACACACACACACACACACACACACACACACAGAAUCUUGACGCCCCAUAUAUCUGGUUAAUACUCUAUAUGUUUUGUCAGUCAGCCCCCAUCGUCCACCCAGUCUCUAUAUGUUCUGGUACCAGCCAGUCAGUCAGCCCCCAUCGUCCACCCAGUCUCUAUAUGUUUUGGUACCAGCCAGUCAGUCAGCCCCCAUCGUCCACCCAGUCUCUAUAUGUUUUGGUACCAGCCAGUCAGUCAGCCCCCAUCGUCCACCCAGUCUCUAUAUGUUUUGGUACCAGCCAGUCAGUCAGCCCCCAUCGUCCACCCAGUCUCUAUAUGUUUUGGUACCAGCCAGUCAGUCGGCCCCCAUCGUCCACCCAGUCUCUAUAUGUUUUGGUACCAGCCAGUCAGUCAGCCCCCACCGUCCACCCAGUCUCUAUAUGUUUUGGUACCAGCCAGUCAGUCAGCCCCCAUCAUCCACCCAGUCUCUAUAUGUUUUGGUACCAGCCAGUCAGUCAGCCCCCAUCAUCCACCCAGUCUCUAUAUGUUUUGGUACCAGCCAGUCAGUCAGCCCCUGUCAUCUGUAGUGUGUUGGAGUCCUCUCUACUAAUGGACUGUCAUCUGUAGUGUGUUGGAGUCCUCUCUACUAAUGUACUGUCAUCUGUAGUGUGUUGGAGUCCUCUCUACUAAUGUACUGUCAUCUGUAGUGUGUUGGAGUCCUCUCUACUAAUGUACUGUCAUCUGUAGUGUUGGAGUCCUCUCUAAUGGACUGUCAUCUGUAGUGUGUUGGAGUCCUCUCUACUAAUGUACUGUCAUCUGUAGUGUGUUGGAGUCCUCUCUAAUGUACUGUCAUCUGUAGUGUGUUGUAGUCCUCUCUACUAAUGUACUGUCAUCUGUAGUGUGUUGGAGUCCUCUCUAAUGUACUGUCAUCUGUAGUGUGUUGUAGUCCUCUCUACUAAUGUACUGUCAUCUGUAGUGUGUUGGAGUCCUCUCUACUAAUGUACUGUCAUCUGUAGUGUGUUGUAGUCCUCUCUACUAAUGUACUGUCAUCUGUAGUGUGUUGUAGUCCUCUCUACUAAUGUACUGUCAUCUGUAGUGUGUUGGAGUCCUCUCUACUAAUGUACUGUCAUCUGUAGUGUGUUGAGAUUCCUCUCUAAUGUACUGUCAUCUGUAGUGUGUUGGAGUCCUCUCUACUAAUGUACUGUCAUCUGUAGUGUUGGAGUCCUCUCUAAUGUACUGUCAUCUGUAGUGUGUUGGAGUCCUCUCUAAUGUACUGUCAUCUGUAGUGUGUUGUAGUCCUCUCUACUAAUGUACUGUCAUCUGUAGUGUGUUGGAGUCCUCUCUAAUGUACUGUCAUCUGUAGU